CACACUGUGCGGGAGGAAAGAUCAUUCAGGAUGCCAGAGCCAGUGAAAAAAGCAGCUCCAGUUGAGGCCCCUCCUGCUGAUGCAGCCGGGGAGACUGUUGUUGAACCAGAACAUGCUCUCGCUGCGCCCGCUGCAGCCCCGGCUGAGGAGCAGAGCGCCGCCCCGGCACACGAUGCUCCUCAAGCUGAGGAGGGUCAGCCUCCGGACACCAGACAGGACCUGACUGGACUCUUCACAGAGAAACCCCUGAGUGGGGAGGUCACUGUAGGUGAAAACAUUACAUUUGUGGCUAAAGUGAAUGCUGAGUCGUUGCUGAAGAAACCCACCGUUAAGUGGUUCAAAGGGAAGUGGAUGGAUCUCGCCAGCAAGUCUGGGAAACACCUCCAGCUCAAGGAGACCUACGACCGCAGCAGUAAGGUUCAUACGUUUGAGAUGCAAAUCAUUGCGGCCAAGGCAAACUUUGCUGGAGCUUACAGAUGUGAGGUUGCAUCCAGGGAUAAGUUUGACAGCUGCAAUUUUGACUUGGCUGUUCAUGAGGCAUGUGCUGCUGAAGGCUUUGACAUAAGGGCAGCUUUUAGGCGCACUAACGAUGGAAAAGAAGAUUCUGGAGAGCUGGACUUCAGUACCUUAUUAAAAAAGAGAUCGGUCCAUGUGAGCGCAGAGCCGGAUAUGGAUGUUUGGAACAUUCUCAGCCAAGCUCCCUCUUCAGAAUAUGAGAAGAUUGCCUUUCAGCACGGUAUUACCGACUUGAGAGGCAUGCUCAAGAGGCUGAAGAAGAUGAAGAAAGAAGAGAAGAAAAGUGAAGCUUUCCUCAAAAAGUUGGAUCCAGCUUACCAAGUGAAAAAGGGACAUAAGAUAAAAUUGGCUAUUGAGGUGGCAAAUCCAGAUGCCGAGGUGAAAUGGCUGAAGAAUGGACAAGAAAUUCAGCCAUCUGCCAGGUACAUCUUUGAGAGCGUCGGCAACAUGCGCUACCUCACCAUCAACCACUGCUCCUUGGCAGAUGAUGCCGCAUACUGCUGCGUGGUGGGGGAGGAGAAAUGCACCACCGAGCUCUUUGUCAAAGAGCCUCCCAUUGAGAUUGUGAAGAACCUGGAGGAUCAGAUGGUCAUGAAGGGCGAGAGGGUGGAGUUAGAGUGCGAAGUCUCAGAGGAAGGAGCCAAUGUUAAAUGGGAAAAAGACGGUGUGGAGUUGACAAGGGACGAGUCCUUCAAGUAUCGCUUCAAGAAAGACGGCUGCAAGCAUGUCCUGAUAAUUAAUGAGGCCACAAAAGAAGACUGCGGCCACUACAAGGUUAAAACAAACGGUGGCGAGUCAAUGGCUGAACUCAUGGUGCAAGAAAAAGACCUGGAGGUCUAUCAGAGCAUUGCAGACCUCACAGUGAAGGCCAAGGAUCAGGCAGUGUUUAAAUGUGAGGUGUCGGAUGAGAAUGUGAGAGGAACCUGGUACAAGAAUGGUGCAGAAGUCAAGUCGGAUGCCCGAAUCAACAUCACACACAUUGGCAGGAUCCACAAACUGACCAUAGAUGAGGUGAAACCAGAAGAUGAAGGGGACUACACUUUUGUGCCAGAUGGCCAUGCUUUCAACCUCUCAGCUAAACUCAAUUUCAUUGAGGUGAAGAUUGAUUAUGUGCCACGCCAAGAUCCCCCAAAGAUCCACCUGGACUGCAUGGGUCGCACGGCCGAUUCAACCAUCGUGGUGGUGGCGGGCAACAAACUGCGUUUGGAUGUGCCCAUCACUGGAGACCCUGCCCCUACAGUGAUCUGGACCAAAGGAGAGAAGGUUGUCACAGAGGGAGAUACUAGGGUCCAUGUUGAAACCACCAAGGGACACUGCAUCUUCACCAUCGAGGGGGCAGAGAGGCAGGAUGAGGGGAGCUAUUCCGUUGUGGUUCGAAACCCUGCAGGGGAGGACACUGCAGAUAUCAAUGUGAAAGUUGUUGAUGUUCCAGAUCCUCCACAGGCUCCCAGAAUCCUCAGCGUGGGGGAGGACUGCUGUGUGGUGCAGUGGGAUCCCCCUGCGUUUGAUGGUGGACAGCCAGUCGUUGGUUACGUGGUGGAGAGAAAGAAGAAGAAGAGCUACAGGUGGAUGAGAUUGAACUUUGACCCUUUUCCUGGAACGACCUAUGAAGCCAAGCGGAUGAUCGAAGGAAUGGAGUACGAGAUGCGAGUCUACGCUGUCAACGGCAUCGGCAUGUCUCGCCACAGUCCAGCCUCACAGCCCUUUGUGCCAAUCGCUCCCACAAGUGAGCCCAUCGGACUCAGCCUGGAGGACGUCACUGACACGUCCAUCUCGCUGAAGUGGCGGCCUCCUGAGAGGAUCGGCUCGGCUGAACUUGAGGGUUAUGGGGUUGAGUACUGCAAGGAGGGCACGGAUGAAUGGAUACCCGCCUUUGAGGGUCUGACCGACAGGACGUCGAUGGUCAUCAGAAAUCUCACCACCGGAGACAAGCUGCAGUUCCGUGUGCGGGCCUACAACGUGGCGGGGGCCAGUGCUCCCACCACUCUGCCUCAGCCCGUCACCAUCAGAGAGAUAAUGCAACGCCCUAAAAUUUGGCUCCCUAGAAAUCUCCGCCAGACUCUCAUCAAGACAGUUGGAGAGACUGUCAACCUUGUGAUUCAUUUCCAGGGUAAGCCCAGGCCAAAGGUCACAUGGAGCAAAGAUGGGGAGCCUCUCAGCCCCACAAUGGCUAGUGUGAGGAACAGCGAUUUUGAUACGAUUUUCUUCAUUCGCAAGACGGAAAGAAAACACUCGGGGAAGUAUGAACUCCAAGUGCAGAUCGAGAACAUCGAAGACACAGCCAGCAUCAUGCUGCAGGUCGUUGAUCUCCCAGGGCCCCCUCAGGCCCUGAAGAUCACUGAUAACUGGGGCUUUAACGUGGCCCUCGAGUGGAAGCCGCCGAAGGACAACGGUAACUCUGAAAUAACUGGUUACACCAUUCAGAAGGCUGAGAAGAAGACCAUGGAGUGGUUUACAGUCUAUGAGCACUGCAGGAGAACCAACUGCGUUGCAUCUGACCUCAUCAUGGGGAAUGAAUAUAUCUUCAGAGUCUUUGCCAUCAACAUGGUGGGCCCCAGCGAGGAGCCCUGCACCUCAAUAGACAGCGCUUACAUCCAGAAAACAGGUAUCGAGUACAAGCCGCCCACCUACAAGGAACAUGAUUUCUCCCAGGCUCCCAAGUUCACACAUCCACUGGUGAACCGCUCUAUCAUAGCGGGAUACAGCACGACCCUCAGCUGCUCAGUCAGAGGCCUACCAAAGCCCAAGGUCACCUGGUACAAAAACAAGAUGGACAUCUCAAAUGAGGCAAAGUACCGGAUGCUCUGUAAACAAGGCGUCCUGACACUGGAGAUCCGUAAGCCCUGCACCUUCGAUGGAGGAGUGUACACGUGCAAAGCAGUCAAUGACAACGGAGAAGACAUCGUGGAGUGUAAACUGGAGGUCCGACCUCAAAUUCCUAAAGAAGAAAAGAAAUGAGGAGGUUUGGGCUGCUGACUGAAGACACUUUUGUCUCCCAACCAGGAACCCUUCACCUGUAUUACCUGUGAUAAUGCCAUUUAUUCUUUAUGUUUGCAACACUCAUAUUGCAUAUCACCACAAUUGCUGUUGUACCAUGUGUAACUCAUGAAAAUAUUUAGUAAAGAAGGUGGAAUUAUUUACAAAAUUAA